ACCGAGGGCUGUCCGCAGGGGCUUGGGAUCGGCCAGAAAAGUCAGGCAACUUUUCAGGGACCAGAAGGAGGGGAGGGGAGGGGAGUCUCCCAGCCUGUGAGAAGCAACAGCGCCAAGCCCUACCCCUCGCUGUGUCCUGUCCACAAGUCCAGACUUUGACCCUGAGCUUCAGUCCCCGUUGGCGGGCAGAGGGCUGAGGACAGGACGCCUCAGAAUCAGGAGACUCCUCUCAGGAGGUAAAAUCCUGUGCCCAGCUGUCUCCUUUCUUCAGAAGUCUGGCAAUCCAGUGCGGGACCCUGAAAUAUCGGCUGUUUAUUUCUCACCUGUUUAGCCCUCAGAUUUUCCAAAUAGUGUGAUUUGCCAGCCCAGUGUGCCUGGUGCUCAGGGACGUGGACUUGUGCCGGCACGAUGCGUGUGGUAGUGAUCGGAGCGGGUGUCAUCGGGCUGUCCACCGCCCUCUGCAUCCACGAGCGGUACCGAUCAGUCCUGCCAUCCCUGGACAUGAGGGUCUACGCCGAUCGCUUCACCCCGCUCACCAACACCGACGUGGCGGCCGGCCUCUGUCAGCCCUACCUCUCGGACCCCAGAAACCCACAGGAGGCGGAUUGGAACCAGCAGACCUUCGACUAUCUCCUGAGCCGCGUCCAUUCUCCCAACGCCGCAAACGUGGGCCUGGCUCUAGUCUCAGGCUACAACCUCUUCCAUGAAGCUAUUCCGGAUCCCUCGUGGAAGAACACAGUUCUGGGAUUUCGGACGCUGACUCCCAGGGACCUGGACAUGUUCCCUGAUUACAGCUACGGCUGGUUCAACACAAGCCUGAUUGUGGAAGGGAGGAGGUAUCUACAGUGGCUGACUGAAAGGUUAACUGAGAGGGGAGUGAAAUUCUUCCAGAAGAAGGUGGAGUCUUUUGAGGAGGUAGCAAGAGGAGGUGCCGAUGUAAUUAUCAACUGCACCGGGGUGUGGGCUGGGUCAUUGCAACCGGACCCCCUGCUGCAGCCAGGCCGGGGACAGAUCAUUAAGAUAGAGGAUGCAUCGGGGACAUCUGUUAGAGGAGCCUCGCAGAUUUCAGGCAACUGGCAUCUUAAAGAAACAAGAAGGACCAAGAAACAUGAUUCCUCCAAACAUUCUCUUUGGUGGUGGUGGUGGUGGUUGUUCCUUAAUACGGCAAAGCAUGGGUAUGGGGAAACACGAGGCACGGAGGAAUUAAGUAAUAUGCACACAAGUUCACACAGGAGUGAGCUGUGGGAUUGGGAUUGGAGCCCAGGCAACCUGGUUUCAGAGCCUGUGUGUGUCGACAUCAUCCACGUUGCCUCUCACUGUGUGGAUGCCCCUUGGAUGAAGCACUUCAUUAUCACCCAUGACCCAGAGAAAGGCAUCUACAAGUCCCCGUACAUCAUCCCAGGGAUCCAGGCAGUGACUCUUGGAGGCAUCUUUCAGCUGGGGAACUGGAGCGAGGUAAACAACAUCCAGGACCACAACACCAUCUGGGAAGGCUGCUGCAGACUGGAGCCCACACUGCAGGAUGCAAAAAUUGUUGCUGAGUUGACUGGCCUCCGGCCAGUGCGCCCCCAGAUUCGGCUAGAAAGAGAACGGCUUCGUUUUGCAUCUUCAAACACAGAGGUCAUCCACAACUAUGGCCAUGGAGGCUACGGGCUCACUAUCCACUGGGGCUGUGCCCUGGAGGCAGCCAAGCUCUUUGGGAAAAUUCUGGAAGAAAGGAAGUUGCUCAAGAUGCCGCCACCUCACCUCUGAAAACACCAGUAACCACCACCUCCCCAAGGACUCCCCGCUCCCCUCGGCCAACCAAUCAGUGUAUCCCCCUCUAAGGUGUCUCUUCCCCACUUCAGCCCUGGCUCCUUUCUGCAAGAAGUACCAGAGGAGAGGAAGAUCCCAAGGCCCAUUUCUGGAGGCGAGUCCAUCCCUAUCUGGGGCUCCCUUUGAUCACUGGGGUCUCUCCACCCACUCUGGGCCUGACGGUCUGAAGAGCAGUUGGGGGCCAUUAUACUGCAAGUCCUUAGAAG